AUGGGUGACAAGACGUUUCAUAAGGCCUCGGUACUGCUGGGGCGAGCGGGUGACGCUCCAACAGUGGUCGAAGCGGUACAAUUCCAUGGGAUACGAAUAACGAAAAAUGAUGCGCUAGUGAAAGAGGUUUCUGAGUUGUAUCGGAGUUCAACGCUAGAUGAACUCGUUCAUAAUUCCCAUCUUGCCGCAAAGCAUUUCCAGGAAGUUGGGUUAAUGGAGAGUGCCGUGCCUUUGAUUGACGUUGCCCCGUCCAGUAAUGGUUAUAUUGUCAAUUUUGUAGUCAAAGAACCGAAGGCGUUUAGUUUGGGGCUGAAAGCUGGUAUAAGUACAAAUGGCGAUGCUGACAUGUCACUGAAUGCUGGCAAGCAAAGCGUUGGAGGACGUGGGGGACCACAGUUUCAACCUCUCUUUCGCGAAGCCUUUCCUGGGUUGGCAAAAGUACUCAAAUGUCACAGGCUUAGUGCUUUCAGAGCGAUUUCGUAUUUGCCAUGGAAUCAUUCCAACUGUGAGGAAAACGCCAUAAUUUUCGGCUAUAAUGGACGAAUAUCGAAAAAUAUUCUGCAUCAAAUUAAGUUCAAUACGUUAUGGAGAACACUUCGGGCUACAGACGAUGCAGCGUUUCUCGUUCGUGAACAUGCCGGUCACACCACAAAAUUCUCAAUAGAAAAUGCCAUCGGAUUUGAUAGCCGAGAUCGUCCUAUACUUGCUUCUAAAGGAAUACUUGCUCGAUUAACUCAAGAAUAUGCUGGGCCGUUUGGUGAUUCUUCAUUCAUAAGGCAUCAAAUAGAUUUGCAGCCGCCGCUCUCGUUCGCCCUUUUCCCUCACCUCUCUGCAUCGGCUCAGUUGAAAAACGUGAAAGGUUUGGGAGAUCGCGAAAUCCAUCUGCUGGACCGAAUGUACCUGGGUGGUCAGCAAGACGUGCGUGGAUUUGGUCUCAACACGCUUGGUGUACGCUCUGAAAACUCGUGCCUAGGCGGUGGCGCAGCCGCAUGUGGCGUGCUUCAUCUUUAUCGUCCUCUAUUUCCACCACAGAUGCUGUUUGCACAUGUGUUUGCAUCAACAGGAAGCGUUGCUCCAGUCCGAUCGCGACAUAUCAUGCGAGAUCUACAAGAUGCACAAAGAGUAUCCAUUGGUCUUGGUAAGUAG